CCAGGCAUUCGGAUUCCGAGAUCUUUGUCCUGCGGUUCCAGCCUGGAGGGCUGUGAAGUUGAGCAGAUCUGACUAGAUCCUGGCCCCACCAGCUGUGGUCCUCUCCCCUCCCCCACGCCCUCCUUCCAUCUCCCCUCCCUUCCCCUCCACUCCUGGGGGGCUCUGAGGGGGGAUCCUCCCUGGCCUCUCCAGCUCCUGGCAUCUGGGGACCCUUGGCGCCGCUUGGCUCACGGAUGCUUCGCUCCAGCCUCUGCCUCCGCCCUCGUCCCCACGCGGUCUUCUCUGCCUCCUCUUCUCGUAGCCACUGGGUUUAGGGCUCACCGCAAUCCCGGGCGAUCUUGUCUGGAGAUCUUUAAUCACGUCUACCAAGACCCCUUUUUCCAAAUCAGGUCCCCUCCACAGAUUUUGGGUAGACACAUCAAGUGUGUGUCUGACCGCAGCACUUUUCACCGGCAGGAUGGACCCCAGCGCCCCCACGCCGAGCCCCUCUGGCGCACAGCCUCCCCCACUGCUGCAGCCCCAGGCCCGCUCGCGGCUCAACGCCACUUCCUCAGUGGAGGAGAAGAGCGGGGUGUCCCGACCUCCCGGACCAGACGUGGGAGAUGCAGCUGCCCCAGCCACGCACCAGGCCCCACGCGCCAGCAGCCGAGAAAGAGUGGACAGAACAGGGCCCGUGAAGGCAGACAUGGAAACCCCCUUUGAAGAACUCCUGGAGAAGGCCAAGGCCGGGGACCCCAAGGCGCAGACGGAGGUGGGGAAGCACUACCUGCAGCUGGCCGGCGACGCGGACGAGGAGCUCAACAGCUGCACCGCCGUGGACUGGCUGACCCUGGCCGCCAAGCAGGGCCGGCGCGAGGCUGUCAAGCUUCUCCGCCGGUGCCUGGCGGACAGAAGAGGCAUCACCUCCGAGAACGAGCAGGAGGUGAAGCAGCUUUCCUCCGAGACCGACCUGGAGCGAGCCGUGCGCAAGGCGGCCCUGGUCAUGUACUGGAAGCUCAACCCCAAGAAGAAGAAGCAGGUGGCCGUGUACGAGCUGCUGGAGAACGUUGGCCAGGUCAACGAGCAUGAUGGAGGGACACAGCCAGGCCCUGUCCCCAAGUCACUGCAGAAGCAGAGGCGAGUGCUGGAGCGCUUGGUCAGCAGCGAGUCCAAGAACUACAUAGCCCUGGACGACUUCGUGGAGAUCACCAAGAAGUACGCCAAGGGCAUCAUCCCUGCCAACCUGUUCCUGGAGGAUGACGAUGACGACGAGCUGGCCGGCAAGAGCCCCGAGGAUCUGCCCCUGCGCCUGAAGGUGGUCAAGUUCCCCUUGCACGCCAUCAUGGAGAUCAAGGAGUACCUGAUCGACAUGGCCUCCCGGGCGGGCAUGCACUGGCUGUCCACCAUCGUCCCCACCCACCACAUCAACGCCCUCAUCUUCUUCUUCAUCAUCAGCAACCUGACCAUCGACUUCUUCGCCUUCUUUGUGCCCCUGGUCGUCUUCUACCUGUCCUUCGUCUCCAUGGUGAUCUGCACCCUCAAGGUUUUCCAGGACAGCAAGGCCUGGGAGAGCUUCUACACGCUCACGGGCCUGCUGCUGCGCUUCGAGCCCAACCUGGACGUGGAGCAGGCCGAGGGCAACUUCGGCUGGAACCACCUGGAGCCCUACGUGCACUUCCUGCUGUCCGUCUUCUUCGUCAUCUUCUCCUUCCCCGUCGCCAGCAAGGACUGCGUCCCCUGCUCGGAGCUGGCCGUCGUGUCCGUGUUCUUCACCGUCACCAGCUACAUGAGCCUGAGCACCUCUGCCGAGCCCUACACCCGGAGGGCGCUGGUGACCGAGGUGGCCGCCGGCCUGCUUUCCCUCCUGCCCACCCUGCCCUUCGACUGGCGCCCCCUGAAGCUCCUGGGCCAGACCUUCCUCACCGUGCCCAUCGGCCACGUCGUCGUCCUGAACGUCAGCGUCCCCUGCCUGCUCUACGUCUACUUGCUCUUCCUCUUCUUCCGCAUGGCCCAGCUGCGGAACUUCAAGGGCACCUACUGCUACCUGGUCCCCUACCUGGUCUGCUUCAUGUGGUGCGAGCUCUCUGUGGCCAUCCUGCUCGAGUCCACCGGCCUGGGGCUGGUCCGCGCGUCCAUCGGCUAUUUCCUCUUCCUCUUUGCCCUCCCGAUCCUGGUGGCCGGCCUGGCCCUGAUGGGCGUGGUGCAGUUUGCCCGCUGGUUCGUGUCCCUGGAGCUCACCAAAAUCGCAGUCACCGCGGUGGUCUGCAGUGUCCCGCUGCUGUUCCGCUGGUGGACCAAGGCCAACUUCUCGGUGGUGGAGAUGGUCAAGUCCCUGACGCGGAGCUCCAUCGUCAAGCUCAUCCUGGUGUGGCUCACGGCCAUCGUGCUCUUCUGCUGGUUCUACGUGUACCGGUCCGAGGGCAUGAAGGUGUACAACUCCACGCUGACCUGGCAGCAGUACGGCUUCCUGUGCGGGCCGCGGGCCUGGAAGGAGACCAACAUGGCACGCACGCAGAUCCUGUGCAGCCACCUGGAGGGCCACCGGGUCACGUGGACGGGCCGCUUCAAGUACGUGCGCGUGACGGACAUCGACAACAGUGCGGAGGCGGCCGUCCGCGUGCUGCCGCUCUUCGUCGGCGACUGGGUGCGCUGCCUGUACGGCGAGGCCUACCCCGCCUGCAGCCCCGGCGGCGCCUCCACGGCCGAGCAGGAGCUCUGCCGCCUCAAGCUCCUGGCCAAGCACCCUUGUCACAUCAAGAAGUUCGACCGCUACAAGUUCGAGAUCACGGUGGGCAUGCCCUUCAGCGCCAACGGCGCCCGCGGCCCGGAGGAGGACGACGUCACCAAGGACAUCGUGCUGCGGGCCAGCGGCGAGUUCAAGGACGUGCUGCUCAGCCUGCGCCAGGGCAGCCUCGUCGAGUUCAGCACCGUCCUCGAGGGCCGCCUGGGCAGCAAGUGGCCCGUGUUCGAGCUCAAGGCCAUCAGCUGCCUGAACUGCAUGGCCCAGCUCUCGCCCGCCCACCGGCACGUGAAGCUGGAGCACGACUGGCGCAGCACCGUGCACGGCGCCGUCAAGUUCGCCUUCGACUUCUUCUUCUUCCCCUUCCUGUCGGCCGUGUGAGGCCGCGGCCCCGGCCGCCGGGCCCGCCUCCCGUGCGGCCGCCCAGCCCGACAGUGCGACACCAACGCUGGUGUGCGAGUGUGCGUGCGACGCCAACGCUGAUGUGUGCGUGUGCAACACCAAUGGUGAUGUGUGCGUGUGCAACACCAAUGCUGACGUGCCUGCGUGUGACACCAACGCUGAUGUGUGUGCGCGUGUGCAACACUGACGUGCAUGUGUGUACAACACCACCACUGGCAUGCAUGCGUGUGUGACACCAAUGCUGA